AUGAAGACUCCUGCUCGAGCUGGCACCCUCGCUUCGACCGCCCUGAUCCUGCUGGCAAUCUUUACCAUAUUGCGCCACUCCGCGUACCUGGAAGGACGGUGGGCCUAUGUCGACGGCCUCAAAGAUGGAAUCGCUGCAGGGUUGAAGGGCCACCUGGGCAACAGCGAAACCAAGAGUGUCGACCCAAAGUACAUUGGAUUCGGCACACCAACCCCCCUACAGACACCGCGCCCUUUCCCGGUCUCAACAGCAGAAGCAACACCAGAACCUGAAACGGACCAGAGUCCGGGGAUACCCGUGCCAGAAGACAGCAACGACGGUCAGCCUCCAGCAGAAGACGCGCACGAGGCGGUGGACCCCCAUGCGCAGAUGGGAGGUAGCGAAGAGGAGAAUGGUGAUGUUGGACCAGACGAGGAAGAGCCACCGAAGAGCGGGUUUCUCCAGGAGCUUCCGGAUAAGAUUGUGGUGAUGGGAAAAUUGGCAGAGGAAGAUACAACAUGGGUGACGGAGAAUCUGCCCGACUGGCAGCAUGCAGUGUACGCUGUGGAUGACUUGACAGCAACACUACACACGCCGAUGAACAAGGGCAAGGAGGCAAUGGUGUACCUGACGUACAUUAUCGAGAACUACGGCAACUAUCCGUCGACAGUCGCGUUCGUUCACAGCCACAAGGACCGCUUCUGGCAUUCGGCGGGGAUGCCAGCGAGGAGUAAUAUGGUGGCGCUCAGAGCACUCAACAUCGACCACGUGCAAGACGUGGGCUUCGCAAACCUGCGCUUGUCGCGCCGCCAGAUAAUGGCACGGCCGGUGGAGGACUACGUGCUGUAUAGACAAUGGUUGAUGGAAACGGAGCUUGAUGACGACAAUAGCGGAAGGGUGUUCGAGUACCUGUGGCACAUUCUGUUCGGGCAAGAGCCAGUGCAUUGUCCGGCGUAUGCGUCGUGCUGGGCGAAUGUCUAUGGCGGGCUGAACUGGGCGGAUCUUCACCACCUGGUGCACGACGGAGGCUGA